AUGUACCGUCGUAAGAAUACGUAAUGAACGACGCAGGAUUUGAAUUAUUAUAUAAGUAACUGCAGCCGUUAAGUAAGGCAUUACUUAUAACUAAUUCGCUUCAAAUUGAUAUCUAUUUGUACGUUGUGUUUUAUUUCAUUUGAUAUUAUACAAAAACUCACCACAAUGAACGCCGAACUUUCGAUUGCCUUCGCAGUUCUGUGCUUCGUUACGCACGCAAGAUCCGCGCACACUAUCACUGGGGGUACUACAAUCGGCAGCGACAACAUCGGCGACACUCUCGUCCGCUUCAACGACAGGGCUCACUGGAGCCACGGAAGAAUCACCGCCAUACGAAUGCUGUGUGGCCAAUACCUGCUUGCCCUGUCGAUUCAGUAUAACGGGCAGUGGGCACCUCAGCACGGAUUCUGGAACCCAGAGUGUGCGACAAACCAAACGUGGACGCCUGUAUACAGUUUCGGACCAGACGAAUGGAUAACGAGAGCGAGUUUGACGGGGGAAGCUUACGUAUCUAGUGUCACCUUCACCACAAACAAGCAGCAAUCGCUUGAAACAUGUGGGAUCCCCGCGACAUCCACGACGUCAAUUUCUGUUCUGGAGGGUGGUAAACUGGAGUAUGUCACCGGGAUGUCCGGCUGUUACUUCGACCGACUCCAGCUUCACUGGUCCGAUUUUGGAAACUUUAUUGGAUAAAAUAUUAUAAUGUUAUAAAGAGAAAGUCUUUGUAAACAAUACUCCAACACUCGGAGUAUAAAAACUGUUAAUAAUUACAUAGUCAUUAAUUACAUAGUAAUGAUUUAUGUUUAUAAUUGCAUUUCUUCCCUUUGUUAAACUUCUUCACGUACGACUCAUUUAUGCAAUUUAAAUCAACCUAAAUGUAACAAGCUGCAUAUUACAAUUAUUACUGUCUUUAUCAAACUCACUCCGUAAAACUGCUUAAUUUUGAACUGGAAUCUGGACAACUGAAUAAAACGUCCCAAUAUUA